AUUCAGCCCACUUGGAGCAGCAUUAGCGUCACAGUGGGGCGACACAGGUACCGGAUUAGAUUGGAUGCAUCCACGGAUUAGAUUGCCCCGUGGGCCCCACACCGCCAUCUCCCUUCACACAAAUCUGAUAUUGCAACAUUGGUUUGCACCAGAUCGAUGCCAGCCGCCUGAUCCCCAUCCGACGGCUUCCGCCGCGCGCCUACUUGCGUCAUUUGGAAUCUACGCGACACGCACGCCCUUUCUCCCCCUCCUCCCUCUCGCCCUCUGCAGUCUGUCUCCGGCGAAACCCUAGACACCAGAGACGCGGCGUUAUUGGAAUCAACUCUGUUUUCGGUGAUUGUGUGUUCGCUAGCGUUUGUUUUGGUGUUUACGGUGCCAAUUGUGGCGGUUCUGGAGCCGAGAAGCCCUAUAAAGCUUCGGCCUUCUACCUCUGCAGAGGUGGUCUCUGAGAGAAUCGGGGAAAGAGCUGUUUUGCCUUUUGUUUUCGGACUCUUUGCAUAGUUAUUGUGCUGAUCAGACCAGGCACUACUUUUCACUGCUUUGUAAAAUCAUUAAUUGAUAUCUUUCUUCUGGCAUCAUUGGUAAGUGUUAGUACUUUCCAUGCGGCUUUAUGGAUCAUUGUCAGUUGUUUGGUUGAAACUUUGUGCAGAGUGCAUCUAGUAGUGGUUUGGCUGGGCUAAAAAUGCUGAGAGUUUCUACACAAUGGGUCCACAGAUCAAAACACUCAAACAUAAUAUUAUUGUUUGAGUUAUAAUGGAUGUUGAAGUAAUUGAUGUUGAAGAGGGGAACAUGGGACACCGUGCUGUAGCAGAUGAUGGACAUGUUGAACCUAAUGAAGUUGGAGGGGAUAACAUAGUGGAAAAUUCUAAUGCUCAGGAUGAUGAUGGGUUUGCUGAGCCACAUGUUGGUAUGGAAUUUGAGUCUGAAGAUGCUGCCAAGAUCUUUUAUGAUGAAUAUGCCAGACGUAUUGGUUUUAGCACCAAAGUCAGUCAGAAUAGCCGCCCAAGACCAGAUGGGACGGUUACUGCUAGGGAGUUUGCUUGUGCUAGGGAGGCUUUGAAAAGGAGGAAUGCUGAUAGCUGUGAUGCUAUGCUUAAGAUAGAGUCUAUGGGUCAAUCCAAAUGGGUUGUGACAAAAUUUGUUAGGGAGCAUAGCCACUCCACUAUGAGUCCUACUAAGGUGCAUUACCUUAGACCCCGCAGGCAUUUUGCAGGUGCUGCAAAGAACAUGGCUGAAACGUACCAAGGUGUGGGAAUUGUUCCAAGUGGUGUUAUGUAUGUGUCCAUGGAUGGUAACCGUGUGUCUGUAGAUACAAAUCGGGGAGCAAGAAAUGUUUCUCCUGUGGAUUCUAAUCGCUCAGUUAAGAACAUUGGUUCUGUGAAUUAUGCUGCCAGACCUAAUCGAAAGAGGACAUUAGGGAGAGAUGCUCAAAAUCUGCUAGACUAUUUUAAGAAAAUGCAGGGUGAGAACCCUGGGUUCUUUUAUGCAAUUCAACUUGAUGAUGAUAAUCGCAUGGCUAAUGUAUUUUGGGCUGAUGCAAGAUCUAGGACAGCUUACGGUCAUUUUGGUGAUGCAGUCACACUAGAUACAAUGUACAGAGUGAACCAAUAUCGAGUGCCAUUUGCUCCAUUCACAGGAGUGAAUCAUCAUGGUCAGACAAUUUUGUUUGGUUGUGCUCUACUUCUAGAUGAUUCUGAAGCUUCUUUUAUUUGGCUGUUCAAGACAUUUCUUGCUGCAAUGAAUGAUCAUGCCCCUGUCUCUAUAAUUACUGAUCAAGACAGAGCCAUACAGACAGCAGUUUCUCAGGUGUUUCCUGAAGCCCGCCAUUGUGUUAGCAAAUGGCAUGUUUUAAGAGAAGGCCAGGAAAGGAUGGCUCAUGUGUGUCAUGCUCAUCCAAAUUUUCAAGUGGAACUGUAUAAUUGUAUCAAUUUGACUGAAACAAUAGAGGAAUUUGAAUUGUCUUGGACUUCUAUCCUUGAUAAAUAUGAUCUUAGGAGGAAUGAUUGGCUUCAAUCAUUGUAUAAUGCUCGCACACAAUGGGUGCCAGUGUAUUUUCGGGAUUCCUUUUUUGCUGCUGUAUCUCCUAACCAGGGGGUUGAGGGUUCCUUUUUUGAUGGUUAUGUGAAUCACCAGACAACAUUACCAAUGUUCUUUAGGCAGUAUGAAAGAGCUUUAGAGAAUUGGUUUGACAAGGAGAUUGAAGCAGAUUUUGAUACAAUUUGCACCAUGCCUGUAUUGAGGACACCAUCACCAAUGGAGAAACAGGCAGCAAAUCUCUAUACGAGGAAAAUAUUUGCGAAAUUUCAAGAAGAGUUAGUUGAGACUUUCGUAUAUACUGCAAAUAGAAUUGAGGGCGAUGAGGCUGUAAGCACGUACAGGGUUGCAAAAUUCGAAGAUGACAACAAGGCAUACAUUGUUACAUUGAACAUUGCCGAAAUGAUAGCAAACUGUAGCUGCCAAAUGUUUGAGUAUUCAGGCAUCCUUUGCAGACAUGUUUUGACGGUCUUCACCGUGACAAAUGUACUUACUCUUCCAUCCCAUUACAUUUUGAAACGCUGGACAAGAAAUGCUAAAAGUGGGGUUGGAUCAGAUGAACGUGUUAGUGAACUACAUGGUCAAGAGUCUCUCACAGUGCGUUACAAUAAUCUAUGUCGGGAAGCCAUUAAAUAUGCAGAGGAAGGGGCAAUAGCUGUAGAGACCUAUAAUGUGGCAGUGGGUGCACUCAGAGAAGGAGGGAAGAAAGUAGCUGUCGUGAAGAAAAAUGUUGCAAAAGUUGCACCACCAGGUUCUCAAGUUAGUGGAGUUGGUUAUGAUGAUAAGAAGUCCUCUACUUCAGCUUUAGAUAUGACCCCAUUAUUAUGGCCGCGUCAAGAUGAAGUGAUACGGCGCUUUAAUCUUAAUGAUUCUAGCAUUCCUGUCCAACCAGUUGCUGAUUUGAAUUUUCCACGUAUGGCCCCCGUGUCACUUCACCGAGAUGAUGGCCCUCCUGAAAACAUGGUUAUUCUUCCUUGUCUCAAGUCAAUGACUUGGGUGAUGGAGAACAAGAAUUCAACACCAACGAAUAGAGUAGCUGUUAUCAACCUGAAGUUGCAAGAUUAUAGCAAGACUCCAUCAGUGGAAUCAGAGGUCAAGUUUCAGCUAUCUAGAGUCACUCUGGAACCCAUGUUGAGAUCUAUGGCCUACAUUAGUGAGCAGCUCUCAACACCAGCUAAUAGGGUUGCUGUUAUCAAUCUGAAGCUCCAAGACACUGAGACAACUUCAGGAGAAUCAGAGGUGAAAUUUCAGGUGUCCAGGGAUACUUUGGGUGCUAUGUUGAGAUCAAUGGCUUACAUCCGUGAGCAGCUUUCAAAUGCUUUCUUAUUUUGGCAGGCUGAGCCCCAGGCAGAGCUUCCAUCAAAAAAGCAACGGAGGUCAAAUUGUUGAAAAGUGUCCAUUCUAUUUCAUACUGAAGCGUGCGUGACCAUCUCUCAUUUGCGUGGAUGGCAUUUGGCAAAGCACGUUCCUAGAAUAUUUGGUGACAAACUCAAUUAAUGACCUCCUCUUGGUGCUUGUUGGGUAGCCUUAACUUGCCUGCCCUGCAAGGUUCUUGUCCUCCAUAUUUGUACAUGUACCACCAAGUCUAAUUUGAGGAACCAAGGCAUCAAAGAGUAUAUUUCAGGUUUCUGGUGUCAGUUCAGUUCUGUAUGAUGCCUUCGGAGAAAGAUGACAGCGUGUUGCAUAUGUUUGUUUCUAUACCCGUUUCCCUUGAAUAGGAAAUAGUCUGUUGUUGCAGAGAGGUAAUUAGGGUACACCUCCGAUGUCGGACCAGGAUGCCAAUGUCCUAUGCCCUCUUUCGGUUUAUGCAUUGGGACAUGGUGUUGCUUUAUUGCUGAAAAUUAUAAUGAAAAUUAGGUGUCCAUUUGCAGUA